UGGCCGGGGGUCGCUAAAGCCACUCCUCCCCAGGACCCCUGCGGGUUUGCUUUUGGAGUCUCCCGGGCCGCCGGGGCGCAGACACGCCGCCCUCUCACCUGACGCCCGCCCCCGCCCCGCCUCCUCUGUCUCUCCAGGCUCCCACUACCCUGCCUCCCCUCUUCCUCUCUCGGCCUCUGCCCCUGAGCUGUCUCCCUCUCUCCGGCCUCCCCUUGACCUGCGCCCGCUCCUCGCUCGCGGGUCUCGGCUCCGCGGCGGUCUCCGCCCCGCCCCUCCCCCGCGCCAGCCCUUUGUUUCCCGGCGGAACAUUUCCUGGGUUGCUGAGCGUCUCGAUCUCCGCGUCCCUCCUCGGCCCGCCCCCUCCACGCCGGGAUCCGCCCCGCCCGCAGUCUCUCCUCCCCUUCCUCCCCGCCGCCCCUCUGCCCCGUAGGUGCUCGGGGACCCACCUUCUACCCCGCUGGCGUCGGCCACCCCCCGGAGGCCGGGCCUCGGGCUCCCCCGGCGGCCGGCGCCCCCCGCCGCCACCCCCUCGCCCGCUCCCGGGGAGGGGGGUCAGGUGGGCGGGCGCUAUUGUUGUAGGAGCCGGCGCCAGAUUUCCUCAGCCGCGCUCGGGGUGGGACCGGCAGGGUUUUGGGGGGUGGGGUAGGGGGAGCGGUGAUUUGAGCUCGGAGCAGCUGGUCUUCGCGGCUCGCUCCCUCCUUCGCGCUCUCGCUCUCCGCCGCCGCCCGCAGGGCUGCGGGGCUCGGUGGCAUCUCCCGGGCGCGGCCCGCUGUCAUCGCCCCUGCCUCCGGGCCGCUCCCGCCCCCGGCGCCGCUCGCUUCCCCCCACCCGGACUCCCCCAUGUAUGACGACUCCUACGUACCCGGGUUUGAGGACUCGGAGGCGGGACAGCUGGCCACGGCCCAGGGUGCCAAGGGUUCAGCCGACUCCUAUACCAGCCGCCCAUCUCUGGACUCAGACGUCUCCCUGGAGGAGGACCGGGAGAGUGCCCGGCGUGAAGUGGAGAGCCAGGCUCAGCAGCAGCUGGAAAGGGCCAAGCACAAACCUGUGGCGUUUGCUGUGAGGACCAAUGUCAGCUACUGUGGCGUACUGGAUGAGGAGUGUCCGGUCCAGGGCUCUGGAGUCAACUUUGAGGCCAAAGACUUUCUGCACAUUAAAGAGAAAUACAGCAAUGACUGGUGGAUCGGGCGGCUAGUGAAAGAGGGCGGAGACAUCGCCUUCAUCCCCAGCCCCCAGCGCCUGGAGAGCAUCCGGCUCAAGCAGGAGCAGAAGGCCAGGAGAUCUGGGAACCCAUCCAGCCUGAGUGACAUUGGCAGCCGACGCUCCCCACCUCCAUCUCUAGCCAAGCAGAAGCAAAAGCAGGCGGAACAUAUUCCUCCGUAUGACGUAGUACCCUCCAUGCGGCCUGUGGUGCUGGUGGGACCCUCUCUGAAAGGUUAUGAGGUCACAGACAUGAUGCAGAAGGCGCUCUUCGACUUCCUCAAACAUAGGUUUGAUGGCAGGAUCUCUAUCACCCGAGUCACCGCAGACCUCUCACUGGCAAAGCGAUCCGUGCUCAACAAUCCUGGCAAGAGGACCAUCAUCGAGCGCUCCUCUGCCCGCUCCAGCAUUGCUGAAGUACAGAGUGAGAUUGAGCGCAUAUUCGAGCUGGCCAAAUCCCUGCAGCUAGUAGUGUUGGAUGCCGACACCAUCAACCACCCGGCACAGCUGGCCAAGACCUCACUGGCCCCUAUCAUCGUCUUUGUCAAAGUGUCCUCACCGAAGGUACUCCAGCGUCUCAUCCGCUCCCGGGGGAAGUCACAGAUGAAGCACCUGACCGUACAGAUGAUGGCAUACGAUAAGCUGGUUCAGUGCCCACCCGAGUCAUUUGAUGUGAUUCUGGAUGAAAACCAGCUGGAAGAUGCCUGCGAGCACCUGGCUGAGUACCUAGAGGUUUACUGGAGGGCGACCCACCACCCAGCCCCCGGCCCUGGGCUUCUGGGCCCUCCCAGUGCCAUCCCCGGACUUCAGAACCAGCAGCUGCUAGGGGAGCGUGGCGAGGAGCACUCGCCCCUGGAGCGAGACAGCCUGAUGCCCUCAGAUGAGGCCAGCGAGAGCUCCCGCCAAGCCUGGACGGGAUCUUCACAGCGCAGCUCCCGCCACCUGGAGGAGGACUAUGCAGAUGCCUAUCACGACCUGUACCAGCCUCACCGCCAACACACCUCGGGGCUGCCUAGUGCAAACGGGCACGACCCCCAAGACCGCCUCCUGGCCCAGGACUCGGAGCACAACCACAAUGAGCGGAACUGGCAACGUAACCGGCCCUGGCCCAAGGACAGCUACUGACACAGCCUCCUGCCACCCUGCCCCGGCAGGCACAGGCUGGCUGGGGCCCCUGCGCCAGGCAGGUUGGAGUUAGACUGGCAUGAGGCUGGCACUAGGCUCAGCCCCCGAAACCCCCUGCCCAGCCCCAGCUCCAGGCCUGCCUGCAGUCCCGAGGUUCUGGGAGAAGAGCAGGGGGCCCCUCACCUCAUGGGCACAGUGACCCCCCCCCCCCCCAGGCUCCCAUUCCAGGAAAUAGCUGUGUGUGCUGCACUCCGGCACCUUUCCUCUCCUCCUGCACAAGAAACUGCCCCACUGGGCAGUGCCCUCAGGCCAGGACCCCCUUAGCAGGGGCCUUCCCACCAGACUCAGGGAAGGAAUGCCACUCAAAGUGAAAAGAGGGUGGGGCGUGGGCAGCAUGGCAUGAGGAAGAAACAAGGUCCCUGAGCAGGUACAGUCCUGUCCUAACCUGAGGGACUCAGGGGUUGUGCUUUGGGGUCUGAGGGCCUCUACUCACCUCACUGCCACACGUGAGACAUGAGACAAUCGAAGCCCAGCAGGGUGGCACUCCUGGCAUCAGCUGGGGUGGGGCAUCCACACAAAGGCUGGAGCAUGGACGGCUGGGCUAGGGCCAGCUGAAGCUCCAGAAGGGAAGGGCUCUGCUCACCUGCCAGGAAGCAGCUUAACAUCUGAAGGGACCAGGGACUAGGAACACAGUAGACUGGGGGCUGGGGAAGGGAGGGCGAGUGAGCAGAGAAUAUAUGGACGGCUUGCUUCAGGCGCCUCCUUGCCCCACUCAUUCUUUUGCUCUUGCAUCCUAUCUUUUCUGUUCUUGGUCUUCAUGCCUCCCACGCCCAUGAGAUAUGGGCCUCAGACUUUAUUCCCUGAUCCAUAGCUGCUGCUCGUUAAGUUAGGAUUAGAGGGGGAGAUAAGACCCAGUGGACAGCCCCCAGAGGCCCUGUCAGCCUGGCUACCCGUGUCUUACGAGGCUCUAGUGUGUGACCUACAGAGCAUGCUCCACAGCCCCUGCCCCACCUCACUGUCAUCACUAAUAAACACCAUGCGCAGA